GCACCGGCGAGGCUCGUUCUGCACCCAGAGCACCCGUUCAAUGGCCCCUCGGGUGUACGGCGGCGCUCCAAAAUGCGCGCAGUGCGGCAAGUCGGUCUAUGCCGCAGAGCAGGCCUUGGGUCCUGCAGGGACGUACCACAAGCUGUGCCUCAAGUGUGUCGAGUGCGGCAAGCUUCUCGAGCCGCGCCUGCUUGUUGAUCACGACGGCCAGGCCUACUGCAAAGGCUGCCACGCCAAGUCGUACGGCACAAAGGGCUAUGGCGCAGGUGGCGCCCUCGUCGGCGACUAUGCUCCUCGACCUGUCGACGCAAGCCCGUCAAGGCCGACGCCAUCCUCGCCCGGUCCCGUCCUGCCGAGCCGGCCUGCUGCAUCCUCGACGCCGCCCGCCGUGCCGACACGCCCUCUUUUCGGCUCGCCUGCUGCGCCCGGUCCGCCGCCAACCGCGCCGGCCCUCCCUGCGCGCGCGUCACUCGGCACGACACCACCGCCCCCGCCAUCCGCACCUGUACACGCAUCACGACCUCCCCCUGCACCCGCACGGGCAUCCUCACCCACGCCGGCACCCGCCUUGCCGGCUCGUCCUGCUCCCCCGCCCAAGCCGACCUCGUUCGUCAGUCGAGCAGGCGCCGCCGCCUCGACCCAGUCGGACGACGACGGCCCGACGCCGAUGUCGCACAAGGUCGCCGCGCCCGACUUUGACGACGACGACCAGCGAGGCCCGCUCACGGCAGGCGCCGGCCGGUCGAGCCUGACGUCGCCCUCGGCGCUCGCCGAGUCGCUCUCGUCCCUGUCGAUCCCGACGCGGUCCCGCCCGUCCCUCACGUCGGCGCCGCCGUCGCUGGCGAACCUGCCGUCGCAGUGCCCGCAGUGCGCCAAGCCCGUGUACCACGCCGAGCGGGUCCAGGCGCUCGGGCGUGCGUGGCACCGCGCGUGCUUGCGGUGCGAGGGGUGCGGGACCGGGUUGGGCAGUCAGCCGGGCAGGGUCGAGGAGAAGGAAGGCAGGCCGUGGUGCAGGAAAUGCUACCAGGACAAGUGGGGCAUCACGGGCGCGGGCAUGACGACGAGGCCGGGCCUGUACUGAGAGCGAGCAGAGCGUGGGAGCCGUAGAGCGAACGUCGUUCGCGCUCGAAGGCGAGCGGCUCGAGCGGCCGCAGGAGGGGAAUUGUCUCGAUGAGGAAUGCCACUGUUGUUCGCUCUCUCGA